AUGUAUGUGACAAGGCCUCUCUCGAUGUAUCUAAGAGAUCCUUCAGCUCUUUCAUUAACUCCUCCUGGGGGCCCAAAUUCUGGUAUAUUGGUCAUCCGAGAUGAUGAAACUGAACCUACUUGCUGUUUUGGGUUGGUCAAGAGUACUGAUUAUGUAAGAGCCCUGCCGUUUCCCCAAAACAAGAACCUAACAGUUCUGUUUCCAGACGGGGACUACACUGAAUGCACCCAUGUUCUAUUCAUUCCGGUUCUUAAUCAACCAUUGUCUUGCAAACAAUACUAUGUCAUUCAAAGGAAAUGGAAGCAUCAAGGGAAAGCUUACAGAAACUUGAAGAUCAAGGAGGACAUGAAAAAAGGUCAUUCUGGCCGCACACGUACAUCCUGUUUAGAACCACAACCUUUGAAUCCUAGAAACAUAUAUCAACAAUUUAAGAUUCAACGGCGAAAAUUGGUUAGCUUUGUUGCCAAAUCUGUAGCUUCGGAUGGGUUCCCUCCAGAAUUCUUGAGGAGAGAUGGUUGGGAGUUGGCUGCUUCAACUCCUAAGGAGUUCCAGCUGAAUGAAGCACCAGGCCUUGACACUGCUCUCCGUGCCCACCUUCCAGACUUCAACUUCCCAUUGUCACAAAAUUGUUCUGAAGCUAUAACAGUGGGGAAGUGGUAUUGUCCUUUCAUGUUCAUCGAAGAAGGGACAGUACUUAAAGAUCAGAUGAAACAUUCAACCUAUUAUGAGAUGACUCUUGAGCAACAAUGGGAGCAAAUUUUUGCUUGUGAAAAUACGUAUAAUGAAGGAAAUACUGUGAGUGUAGAUGUUGUUGUCGAACGCCAAGUGGUUACAAUUGCUGGGACAGAAGCUGUGCAUAACCAGAAGAAUGUCGUUGACGGGGUAAUGUGGUUUAGGAGUAUCAGCAAUGUGAUAGGAGAAACCAAUGUGGGAUUGAGAUUAGAAAUUGUAGAGAGAAUGAAGUGGGAGCAAGAAAGAGUGGGGUGGGCUAGUGGGGGUGAAAGGCAAGUGAAGGUGAAGAGAACUGAGGAUUUUGAUGGCAAGGGAAAGUGGAAGAAAUUUGGAUGCUUUGUGUUGGUUGAGAGGUUUGCACUGAAGAGGAUAGAUGGCAGUUUGGUGCUGAAAUUUGAUUUCAGGCAUACUCAUCACAUUAGGAGCAAAUGGGAAUGA